CCCUCGGCCCUGCCCCGGCCGCGGCCCCCGGCGGGGCGCUGCGGUGUGCAUGGCCCAGCGCGGGCGGCGAUGGCUGCAUGAUGGCCCAGCGCGGGCAGCCCGCACCGCACGCCAUGGCUGCCAAAGAGGAGCUGUACAGCAAAGUCAUCCCCCGGCGGAACCGGCAGCACCGCGCGGGGACCAUCAAACACGGCUCGUCGCUGGAGAUCCUGCUGUCAAUGGGCUUCCCCAAAGCCCGGGCACAAAAAGCACUGGCAUCGACAGGGGGAAGAAGCGUCCAAGCAGCAUGCGACUGGCUGUUCUCCCACGUGGGUGAUCCGUUCCUGGAUGACACCCUGCCUCGGGAGUACGUCCUCUACCUGCGCCCCACCGGCCCCCUGGCUCAGAAGCUCUCCGAGUUCUGGCAGCAGUCGAAGCAGAUCUGUGGGAAGAACAAAGCUCACAACAUUUUCCCACACAUCACCCUUUGCCAGUUCUUCAUGUGUGAGGACAGCAAGGUCGAUGCUCUCACUGAAGCCCUGCAGGCCACCGUGAUGCGCUGGAAAUGCAAAUUCCCUGCCCCUCUGCCCUUGGAGCUCUACACGUCCUCCAACUUCAUCGGGCUUUUUGUCAAGGAAGAAAGUGCUGAGGUGCUCAAGAAGUUUGCUGCAGACUUUGCUGCAGAGGCUGCCUCCAAAGCAGAUGUGCACGUGGAGCCCCACAAGAAGCAGCUCCACGUGACGCUGGCCUAUCACUUCCAGACCAGCCACCUGCCCACGCUGGAGAAGCUAGCGCAGAACAUCGACGUCAAGCUGGGCUGCGACUGGGUGGCUGCCAUAUUCUCCCGAGACAUACGCUUCGUUAACCACGAGACUCUGCAAGUGAUCUAUCCUUACACUCCCCAGAACGAUGAUGAACUCGAGCUGGUCCCUGGGGACUUUAUUUUCAUGUCCCCAGUGGAACAAACCAGUACAAGUGAGGGCUGGAUCUAUGGCAUUUCCCUUGCAACCGGCUGUUCUGGGCUACUGCCCGAAAAUUACAUCACGAAGGCGGAUGAAUGUGGGACCUGGGUGUUUCAUGGGUCCUACUCGAUCCUGAACACCACAUCCUCCCCCUCCCUUCAAGCUUUCACCGACGGAGCUCUGGAAAGAAGACAGCAGGAAGACCAAGGGCCUGGGGACACAGGGCCACUCACUAUCAUCUGCCAAAACGUGCAGCCACUGCGAAUAAGCAGUCAGCCGGGGCCUCAGAAACGCUGCCUCUUCGUCUGCAGGCAUGGGGAGAGGAUGGACGUCGUUUUUGGGAAGUACUGGUUGUCACAGUGCUUUGAUGCCAAAGGCAGGUACGUGCGCAGUAACCUGAACAUGCCUCACAGCUUACCUCAAAGGAGCGGCGGGUUCAGGGAUUAUGAAAAAGACGCGCCCAUCACCGUGCUUGGCUGCACGCAGGCGAGGCUUGUUGGUGAAGCCUUGCUAGAAACUAACACCAUUGUAGACUACAUCUACAGCUCCCCGUCCCUUCGGUGCGUGCAGACAGCACACAAUAUCCUGAAAGGUAUGCAACAAGAGAACAACCUGAAAAUUCGAAUAGAGCCGGGCUUGUUUGAAUGGACCAAGUGGGUGUCGGGGAACACACUACCUGCUUGGAUACCCCCCGUGGAUUUAGCUGCAGCUACUCUAAGCGUUGAUACAACCUACAGACCUCAUAUUCCCGUCAGCAAGUUAGUGGUUUCUGAAUCUUAUGAUACAUACAUAAGUAGAAGCUACCAAGUAACGAAAGAAAUCAUCAGUGAAUGUAAAGGCAAAGGAAACAACAUCCUGAUAGUGGCACACGCAUCCUCCCUGGAGGCUUGUACCUGCCAGCUCCAAGGGCUCUCGCCGCAGAACUCCAAGGACUUCGUACAGAUGGUCCGAAAGAUUCCAUACUUGGGGUUUUGCUCAUGCGAAGAACUAGGAGAUACAGGUGUCUGGCAGCUUACAGACCCCCCCAUCCUCCCUCUCACACACGGACCAACUGGAGGCUUUAACUGGAGAGAAACCUUACUACAAGAAUAAGCAAAGCUACACAAGCAAGGAAAACCCACAGCCCAAGCGUUGGAGAAUGUCUCUUUCUUGUGUUUAUUGACAGUGGAAAAAUAGUCAUAAUUUGUUCUGUGGAUCACACAAACAGCUGUUCUAGCAUAUCUUACAUGGCCAGAGUCAUGCCAAAAUUCUCACGUACAACUAGGCAAACACAAAAGGGACUGACUGGGGGGGGGAAAUGUUUAAAUAUAGGUUGGAACUCUUGCACUGCAGGGAGGCUGUUUACUCAGUAGCUUGGGUAGAUUUCCCCACAGAGAAUGGAGCUCUGAUCACACCAGUAACUUCCACCGCCUCCCACACCGUGCUAGUAACAGCUAGCACUGUGUGAAAGUCCAGCUUUCAGGAGGGGCUUUCUCAUUGCUAUUUUCUGCAGAGCAGUAGCAGGCUUGCUCAGGACCACAUGCUCACUCCUCACUCACAGCCCCCAGGUUCUCAGCACCUUUCAGAAAGCACAUCAUCACCAGCAGGAAGCAAGAGGUCAGCACUGCCUCGCAGGCAGCACCAGAUGCUCCUCUCCUCUGGUUCAGCCCUGUUAGGUGCUGUGCUGGGCACACUGCUGAUACAAAGGCUGUGGGACACUGAUCUGCAAAAUGCUAAAUUUCACAGCACUUACUGACAAAGUUUGCACAUCAGAAGAGGGCACCAUGGUGAACAAAGACCAGGCACUGUUUCUUUUAAGCGAAGAUGGAAUAAUCCUUUUCCAGUUGAAUAUGGAAAAUUUAUAAAGUGGUUUUGCUCCCCUCUUUAUUUAGAGGAUUGAAACCCACCCUUGUGCACAGACCUAGCAUGAAACAUUUGUGUCUUCGCCAUUUAAAGCCCCCUCAGAAGGUCCUGAAAAAAAAAGUUUUGCCUUUACUGAGAUUUUUGUGCUGGUCAUUACACAGCGGUGGCUUUCUGUUAGCCCUGGUGAGGUUCUGCACUAAGCAGGUUUCUUCAGAGGGUAACAAAGUCAAACUGACACUGGAAUUCAGCCUUGGCUGCAUGCUUUCCUUCCUUUGCUUUAAUUCCCAAGUGCCAUCUGUCAUAACGACAAAGCAGAACGGAAAAAUCAGGGCACUGAAAUUCAGGAGCAGCAUGCUUUGUCCUACAUUCCAGUGAGGGAAGGGUUAGUUUUUGGGAGAAGGGCUUCCACCUGGACCUACAGCCUUUGAAAUCCCAGGAAGUGCUGUGGCAGACAGGUCCUUGUAGUGCAGCAGCCCAGUUUUGCAAGAUGCCAACACCAGCUGCUUCAGAGGGGAAUGCUAAAAUACCCCACAGAGGGUAGUUUAUAAUGCUAAUUGAUUUAAACAAAACUGCUCUGAAGCCAAUCAGCUAUGCCUUCAGAAAGCUCCUGCAGACAUUUGUACAGCUUACUUUGAGAAAGCACUUAAAAAACACACUUACAUGGGAUAAAAGAAGAUUUGGGCAUACUCCUUUCAUAGUAUAGAGCAAAGCAAUGCUGGGUCUAAAUUACCCAAAAGGGGUGAUGGUUACAACCCAGUUAAAGAAAGAGUGAUCUGCUUACCCAUCCCAAGGAUCAGAGCUUGCCAAAUACUCCAAAAGAAGGGAUCUCCAGGUAGAGAGCCUUCCCUGGUGGCAGCCAGCCCUUAAAUGAGGCUCAGGGAGGGGUGGAACCAGGCUUCACCUCUUCUGGUCUCACUGGUGAGUUGCUUUCACCUGUGCUCUCAGGGCUGGCUGGGUCCCUUCCCCAGGUGCUCAAUCAUUGGUUCAGGCUGUGACUUAGCAAUUCCCAUACACUUGGUUUGGACCAUCACUCCGAGUAUGCCCAUAAACAUAAUCAGUUUUACCAGAAAAGAGACUCUGGCAUCCUAGGGUACCCCUCUUCUGCCCAGAUUUCCCUCUGCAGAAAGUGCAAGUAUCCUUAUUUAAAAUAUUUGCACACCACAGAAAUUUAUAGAGGCCAACUUUAACAAAGGCUUAUUAUUCAUAGCAAGAUCAGAGCUUGACUUGGGGCACGUUUGUUUGGGGCAGGACUGGUCUUACCUUGCAUUGGACAUGAUGUAGCUGCACUUUCAGCAGUCAGAACAAAUAAGGAGUGGUAAACUGCAACAACCCUUUGUUUCUAAAGCAGGUAAAAACACUGAGCAGCUGUGAUGUAACGGAUCUUAAGGGCUGAGCUCAGCUUUGUCUCUGCUUUAACGAGCUGAUCCUGAGCUUGCCAGGGCAAAUACAGCAGAUGCUGUACAGAUGUUGAGUCAGCAGAGAGCUCAUCCUGUGCAAUAUGUACAUUGUCACGAUGCAUAUCAGUAGGUAUUAUUUAUACAUUUAUGACUGUAACACACGGUUGGCCAUUCAUAAGUGCAUUAUGAUACCAGGGAUGUAUACAGAAAAGUCAGGGAAAUAACUUCUGAGAUGACAAAAGAAACUGCUUCUCUGCAGUUAUAGUGCUGUCACUUUAGUUUUUAACGAUAAUUUAAACUCUUCUUGGCUGUGUACAGACGUUUUGAAGAGCAUUUCUGGCUUGUUUUCCUCCAUGCUUACUCACUGCAACUUUGCAAAGAGUUUAUUUAAAACUGAAGAGGCGACAAUCACACGACAACUAAUUUGGUUACCGAUGCGCGUGUGAUUCUCCGGAUGGCGUUUGGUUUCAUGCUGUGGGUCAGCAAGACGCGAUGCAAAGCAGGGGAGGCUGCUUAGGUCCUGCUGCAGUCAAACAAUGUGACAGAGUUUCUUCAGACAGAAGCGUGGAACAGAGAGGGAACAAAACCCGAAGGCACAACUUGAGUAUUGUACUAGCUGAUCUUUGCAUAUAGGAAGUAAUGCAAAAGAAAAGUGUUCUGUUUGAGAAGGUAGAAUAUGUUAAAAUACUCUCUUCUUAAAAAACUAUAUUUUUGGAUGCUUGGGAAAGUAUUUUGACAAUUGUAGUCUUAUCUCGCAUUAGAUUUUUCAGGUGUCAAGAAUGUCAGAAAGAAAAUCUUUCUUUCUUCCAGCAUUUUGAUUUCUUGUAGGGGUUUUGCGUUAAAUAACGUCACGUUGAUGAGGCUUAUUAGGGGGAAAAAAAAGAAAAAAAGAUGUUCCUUUUCCAUUUUUAAUUAAGAUGUUAAGAAUACAAAACAGUUGCUGCUUCACUUUCACUCCAUUGCUGCUCAUUAAUGUAUAUUUAAUGUCGCUUCAGUGUUCUGUCACAGAAGAACGUUAGACUUGAUCUGCUGAAAGCGGGUACAAGUCUUCUUCUUGCCAUCACUGGGAGCUGCAUCAGAUCCCAGGAGUUUAAUUAGGGUAUAGAAGGCACACAGCAGUGUCUAGAUCUCUCCCUCUCUUCCCAAUUAAGGAAUGGAAUAGGAAACCUGCCAAGAAUAUUGUUCUUCUAGUGUUUCCAUAAAGCAUAACUCAAGGGUUGUGCUAGAAAAACACAAGAAUCAAAGCGCAGAAUCAAGCUCUAGCAUGGCAGUUGCUGAUGGGAUGGCACCAGGGGGACAAAACUGGUAUGUUUUACCACGUUUGGAUUUGAACAAGGCUUUGCACAGGGCCCGUCACCCUGGACUAGAUAUCUCCCUGCGCUGAAGAGGCUGGGAGUGCACUGCAGCGUGCCCCUACCUGCUGGCUUGAGCUCUGCUUUUCUCAUUUAACACAGGUGCCAGGUCUAAAGUUCCAUGAAUUUUCCUUACAUUUAGUGCAGUGGUAGCUGCAGCCAAAAGCUUAAAUCCUCUGCACGCAGGACAGGUUCUCAGCAAGUGUGAACUGACACCGUGUGCUCCCAUCAACAGAGCUUUGCCUGCUCAUGCAAACUGAGGAUGCAGGCGAUACCUUCAGAUAGAAGUAUCCUUCCCUUUUUGCUCACUCAGUUUCAGAAAGAACAGCUGACGGCAGGAGCCUCCUUCUCCUCCCCUCUGUUUGUAGCUGCUGGUAUCAGCCUUAUUAGGAAAGUGAUAAUUAACAUCACCAGAUUAGAGGUUGUUUAGAGAUUUCUGCGGGAAUCAUUCUUCCCAAAGGCAACACGAGUGGCAAGUCUGCAAAACAGAGAGGUGAGAAGAGAUGCUAGAAGGCUGCUGCCUGGUGCUUAAACGUAGGGGAAAUUAUCUGAACUUCAAAAACAGAUGAGAAAUGACGGUGGUAGCAAACACACUUAAAGUCUGAAUGAAAAAAGAACAUAGCAGUUCUUGUGACCGGUUGUGUGCACUCCAAAUUGCCACUUAGUUCUCACCACUUCCCCAGAUACGCAUUCCCUGGGGAAUAAUGGUGAGCCAUACACGCGACAUAACAGAAUACACAGCCACCUCCUUUCUGUUCCUUCCCAUUAAAAUCUAUUUUCUGAAGUUUCUCUCUGUGGACAGUUCUUAAAACUUGAUGUUAUCAGUGGAUACUUUUUUUUUUUUUCCAUUUUAAACCUAUUGUAUCAUUCUGUUUAUUAUGUUUUCUAGUGUGAGCAGAUUGUAUUUAUUUGAGAAAAAAAUGUUUGCUGUUUAAAAAAAACAAUAAUUGUAUUGCCAAAAAUAGCUGUAAUUACCUGUGACAUCUGUAUUUUUUUAUUUUGGGGGGGGGGAGGGUUGGUUGGUUGUUUUUAAUCUCAAGUGCUAACAACUGUUAAAACAACCACUGCAUUUUAAUUUGCUCAUUACAUUAAAUGGAUUUCUCUGAAGUCGGACAAAAAUGGCUCGUAGAUGAUUUAAUAAAGACAUUGUGCUCCCACA